AUGUGGAUAUUAGAAUGUAAUAACCAUAAUAAUAAUGGCCAAGACUCGAAUUUUUCGACUCGUACCUUACACGGCCCGAAGCCAUUUCCGAGCAAUACAUUCUUCGCAACACCAACUCGUGAUUAUGGAGGUAAAAGGGAGAUAAUUACAAGCAAAAUGCAGCCAUUGGUGAGCUCAAGAUGGAACCCGACUCCCGAGCAAGUGCAAGCUCUCGAAGGAAUUUAUCGACAUGGGAUUAAAACACCAUCAGCUCAACAAAUACAACAAAUCACCGCAAAGCUUAGGAAAUUCGGAAAAGUCGAGGGAAAGAAUGUAUUCUAUUGGUUUCAAAAUCAUAAGGCUAGAGAAAGGCAGAAAAGGCGCCGGCUGGCGGCCGAGGAAAAAAUGCGCGAAUCGAAACAAUCGGGAAAUAGGAGCUAUCUGGAAACUAAAAAUCCUAAGAGGUUGACUGCACCCCAAAGCUACAGCACAGCUUCAGAGUGCUCUGAAUCAAUACAAGGAGAAGAAUGGAGACAGGACAAAUGGACACAUGCUAAGAAGGGUCCCCAAAUUACACAACGCGAAUUGGACUUAUUAUUAUUAUCACCUUGCAUCAAAGCUCCUGGCCAAGAAAACGAAAAAUCAAGUGUCGGUGAAGAAUCGGGCGAAAUAAUGAAGGAAAAUCAAGAAACUCUCGAGCUUUUUCCUGUCAGGAAGGGCAAUUGUUUGAACACCAUUAAGACCGGGGAGAACGAUUGUGAUCACGAUUGUGUUUGUAGCAUGGGGACUAAAUCGACACCGAGUCGGUUUUUCGAAUUUUUUCCUAUAAAAUAGUGAUGGAAUUAUUGAUUACUCAGUCCGGAGUUCAAGUGAUAUCUAGUCUAAGGUAGUUUAGACAAGAAGUAGAUGAACUAUAUAUGUGGAUUUGUAUUAAUAUAAU